UCGCUCGCGCCUCCUCUAGUCCAUUUGAGCUCGUGGCUCUCAUUUUCCUUGGCUCAGUGUUGCUGAUAAUAUAGCGGAGCGGAGAAACACGAGAGACAGACAGCAGGUUCCUUGAGCAUCAGCUGGUGCAAGCGUUCAUCCCACAUCGGCCGCCUGGUGUGUUCGUUUAUCUGUCUCUUGUUUCUGCUAAAGUCCUGAUCUGCCCGUUGAACUUUCAGGCGACUGUCUGUCUCAACCUGUUUUUAACCUUUACCCGUUGGAGUCUCCCUCUCUCUCCCUCUGCCCUCCCUGAGUGUCUAUGAGAGAGGAAAGCUCCGUUACUCGACUUCGGUGUUUUGAAUGGAAAGAUGGCGAUGUUCUGUACCCAGCCUUCCCGUAUAGGAGCAUGUCGUCCUCCAACAGCUCGCUCUGACUUUGUAAGGCUGCUAAUGAUGUUAUUACCAGUCUUUCUUGUCCCACUGCUGCUGGCCCCAGGGGCGACAGGUUAUGCCUACAGCUUUCCGCAGCAAUACACCAUGCAAUACUGGGCUGGUCGAUUAGAACAGGAGAUUGACAGAGUGAUGAAACUCGUCAGUGGAGUACAGGAGCUCAGAUCAAUCUAUAGCGAGAACAGAAAUCUAUUUGAAAUAAAAGAGAACAUUCCAAAGAACCUGGUCAGAGAAGUAGCUGGUAGUAUUAAAGAACUUCUCUCUAAGAAAGUUUAUGCACUCCAGAGGCUUGCAAACGCUGCUGAGAAGUUCCAGAAAGCACAUCGUUGGCAAGACAAUAUCAGGGAAGAAGACAUUAUUUACUAUGAUUCCAAAGCAGAGGCUGAAAAACCUGAAGAACCAGAAGAUGAGGAGGGGGAGAGGGACAGAGCUAAUCCACUCAAGCUUGAAUUUGUAAAUGACGUCAACUUCAAAGCAAAAGUCAACUAUUCAUACAGUGCAGUACAGAUUCCGACAGACAUCUACAAGGGUUCAACGAUUAUCUUGAAUGAGCUGAACUGGACAGAAGCUCUUGAGAAUGUGUUCAUUGAGAACAGAAAGGAAGAUCCAUCAUUGCUUUGGCAGGUCUUUGGCAGUGCCACUGGUGUUACAAGGUACUACCCAGCUACUCCCUGGAAAGAACCUUCCAACAAAAUUGAUCUUUAUGAUGUCAGAAGAAGACCAUGGUACAUACAAGGGGCUUCCUCUCCUAAGGAUAUGGUGAUUCUUGUGGAUGUGAGCGGUAGUGUGAGUGGACUCACUCUUAAGUUAAUGAAGACAUCUGUUACCGAAAUGUUGGACACUCUCUCUGAUAAUGACUACGUCAAUGUCGCAUCAUUCAACGAGAAGGCAAAACCAGUGUCCUGUUUUAACCAUUUAGUUCAAGCAAAUGUUCGCAACAAAAGAGUCUUCAAGGAUAAAGUGCAACAGAUGGUGGCAAAAGGCACUACUGACUACAAAGCAGGAUUUGAGUUUGCUUUUGAACAACUUCAAAAUACAAACAUCACUCGAGCAAACUGCAAUAAGAUGAUCAUGAUGUUUACAGAUGGGGGAGAGGACCGCGUGCAAGACGUAUUCGAAAAGUACAACUGGCCCAACAAAACAGUUCGUGUUUUUACAUUUUCAGUCGGGCAACACAAUUAUGAUGUUACACCUUUGCAGUGGAUGGCCUGCGCUAACAAAGGUUACUACUUUGAGAUUCCUUCAAUAGGAGCCAUUCGAAUCAAUACUCAGGAGUACUUGGAUGUGUUAGGACGCCCAAUGGUAUUAGCAGGGCAGAAAGCUAAACAAGUGUAUUGGACAAACGUCUACCAAGAUGCUCUGGGCCUGGGUUCAGUAGUUACUGGGACUAUGCCUGUGUUCAACCUCACCAAAGAUAACAGUAGUGACAGAAAGAAUCAGCUGAUCCUUGGAGUCAUGGGAAUAGAUGUUGCCUUGGAUGAUAUAGCAAAGCUCAUCCCACGCUAUACACUAGGGGCAAAUGGGUAUUUUUUUGCCAUUGAUACAAAUGGCUACCUUCUACUUCAUCCCAACAUGCGACCUCAGAGUAGCAAUAUCCGUGAGCCUGUUACACUUGAUAUCCUGGAUGCUGAACUGGAAAGCAAACAGAAAGAACAGAUUCGCAAAAGCAUGAUUGAUGGGAAACAGGGAGAAAAGACUAUCAGAACUCUUGUCAAAUCCUUGGAUGAAAGAUACAUUGAUAAUGUUACAAGAUCAUACUUCUGGCAUCCGAUACAGAGUGCUGACUACAGCCUUGCCCUUGUCCUACCAUCAUAUGGCUUAACCUACAUUCGAGCCAACCUCAGUGAUCAAAUCCUUCAAGUACAGUAUUUUGAAUCCUUGUUGCCCAGCAACUUUGAGUCCGAGGGACAUGUAUUCAUUGCUCCCAGGGAAUACUGCAAAUCUUUGAAUUUUACGGUCAACAACACGGAGUUUCUGGAAAAGUUCAUCGCCCUCAUGGAGAAAGUGACACCAGAUGCCAAGCAGUGUGACAAUUUCCUCCUGCACAAUCUCAUCCUGGACACUGGAAUCACACGACAGCUAGCUGAAAGAGUCUGGAAAGAACAAAGUCUGCACACGUAUAAUCUUCUUGCAGUAUUUGCUGCAACUGAUGGUGGUAUCACAAGGGUUUUUCCUAACAAGGCUGCAGAGGACUGGGAAGAAGAUGCUGAACCAUACAAUGCCAGCUACUACAAAAGAAGCCUGGAUAACAAAGGCUAUGUCUUCAAGGCACCAUAUCGAACACUCUAUGAUGACAGAGCAUUUGACCUGUUAAAUAACUCCAUAGGAAUACUGGUCAGCACUGCUGUGGAACUGAAUAUCAGCGGAAAGAACUUGAAACCAGCAGUUGUUGGAGUGAAGCUGGACUUAGAAUACUGGUUAGCUAAAUUCCGUAUACUUGCCAGCAACCAGACAGACCGAGACCCAACAGGAUCAAGAAAGUGUGGAGCAUCUGCAACCUGUGAGAUGGACUGUGAUGUCAACAGCGAGGACUUGCUAUGUGUAUUGCUUGAUGAUGGAGGAUUCCUAGUCAUGUCAAAUCAAAUGGAGCACUGGAAUCAGAUUGGAGUCUUUUUCAGUGAAGUUGAUGCUAGCUUGAUGUAUGCUCUCUACAAUCUCUCAUUCUAUACAAAGAAGGAAUCCUUUAACUACCAGUCGGUCUGUACCCUGAAGUCAGACAGCCACACAGGUGCUGGACCCAGACUUGUCUUUGUUCCAACAAUUGCUGACCUCUUGAAUCUGGCCUGGUGGACAUCUGCUGCUGCUUGGUCCUUGUUUCAACAACUUCUAUAUGGACUGACUUACAGCAACUGGCUUGGAUCAGAAGAUGUUAUGGCUGAUAGCAUGGAAUACAAGGAGACUAGCUGUACCAUGAAGCAAACUCAGUUCUACUUCAGCACCAGCAAUGCAUCCUAUGAAAAUAUCAUUGACUGUAGAAAUUGUUCCAGGCUUUUCCAUGCACAACGGAUUCCCAACACUAACCUUCUCUUUGUAGUGGCAGACAAGUUAAACAGUGCAUGCAAUCAGUGUGAAGGUACUAAGCUUAUUCAAGAAGAGGUAAGAUCGGAAGGACCCAGACUGUGUGAACUAGUAGAGAAGCCACGAUAUCGAAAAGGACCAAGUCUGUGUUUUGACUACAAUGUAGCAGAAGAUCCUUCAGACUGUGGCAGAGGAUCCCUGGCUACUCCAUCUCUUGGCAUCUUUUUAAUCCUACAGCUACUGAUGCUUUAUUUGACUGUUGAUGUUCCUUACUUAAUUCCUACUGCUGUCCGCCUUUAAUUCCUCCUGGGGAAGAUGAGUGGGAGGGUGUUGGGUGGGAGGGAAGUUGUUCGGCUUCCUGUUACAACCACACAUCAGAUCUGGUUAUCACAGCAGUCACUGGACUUCCUGUUGUCUGGAAGCUUAAAUCUCUCUCCUCAUUCUAACAAGCCUCACAUAAAUGCAUCAUGAAAUGUAUCAAAGCCCUGCCACUACAUUAGGAGGAACAGUAGAAGAAAACCAAGGAAAGAAAAGGAAUAUUUUUGUUCACAGUUUUAGGACCUUCUUUAAAAGCAUUUGCUUUCUGAGAAUGCUGAAUGUUUGUGGAAAAGAAACUAAACAAAAAAAAUUGAAGUUCUGUUGUUUCCCUCUGGAGUUGAUGAUACCUGAGAGAUAUCUUUUGUUUGUGGCAGGUACAGACAUUCUUACCAUUUGGAUGUCUUAACAGUAUUCAGCUAACAAAUACAUCAUGAAUAGGAUUUGCUUCCAAAAUUAGGAGGCGGUUUAUGUGUUUGUAAUGUUGUCUGCCAAAAUAUAAGACUCAGUCAAAUCAUAGUUCAUGUUAGAAGCCAGGUGCAGGACAGUUCUUAUCUUAAGCAGUAGGAUUGUUUGUCUGUUGCGUCCUGUGCAAUUUGUCUCUCCAAAGUUGAAAUGUUUAUGCUUUUUACAUACCAACACAGAGCUGGCUGUGAAGCUCAUUAUAAGGUGUGUGUCUCUACCUUCACCCAUUAUUCAGAGGGUUUGAUUGCUUAGUAGGCUGGCAUAAAUGUGCAGCAGUCAUUAUCAUCACAUACUGCUUCUAUAUUUCACUAUGCUGGGCAGCGUGGCACAUGUUACUACCAUUUUUGUAUUGUUGAGAGAGACAUUUUUUGUCAAACAUAAAACACGACAGAGCCAUUUUAUCAUCGUAUGUUUAUCAGCAGCAAACUCCAACACAAAAAAUUAAAUAGUAUUGCUCAAAACAAUUCUCUAAUUGCAAGGCAUUGGCAUGCAUUUUAACUGCUUAUUUUCCUGAAUGUAUCUUAUAUUACUAUAAUGAAGCCAGAUUUACUUCUUAACCCACCAUGCUACAGCUCUUAGACAGCGGGCCUCAGGAAAACAUAAUCUGUCUACUAACUAGAUUCGAGUUGGGAACAGAAUCUGAAGGAGAGUAACACAGAAAUUUCUGCAAAGAAAUAUUUAUCAGUUGCCAUAAAAGUGGAGAUAUCCUUUGCCUCCAUACAUUUCAUUUGUUCUAUGUUAAUAAUUAUAAAAAAAAGUACAAAAUGUGGAUUAAUGUGGAAUUUUAGUACUCCCUUUGGGUAUUCUGACAUCAUUACAUUAGAUUCUAGUAAGCAAAAAUAAUAAUAAUAAUCACAAAAAUAAUUUUUCACUUGUCUUAAAAAAAGAAAGAUAAAUGUUUAAUAUGCAGUUUAGUCACUGUAUGUAAUAAGUUGCUAUAUCAUUUUACUAACCAAAAUUUAGAAAUGUUUUAAAAUAAGUGCAUUUUAAUUCGGGUAUCAGCAUAUGUGUUUUUAGUAUGACUGCAUAUUCAUAUUUAAUACUCAUUGGGAAUUACAGUAAGUCUUCACUUUUAUAUAAUGAUCCAUAUACCUAGAUUUGCCAGAUUUUCAGUUUAAUCGAAUUCAAUCCCUAUAUAAGAGAAUAUAAUGUUAGAUAGUCCCCUGGAAAUCUUGCUCAUUAUAGAUAGUUCAAACAAGCAAAUAUGUCAGAAAAAAAUGUGGAGGAAUCCUGUUUCUAUUUACCUGCAAGCAUUUUUUUAAUUGUACUGUGACAUACUGACUGGAAAAUUAAGCAGCUGCCAAAAUUUCUGCAUCUUGUCAUUAUCUUGAGUGCCUUGUUAUAAUUUUAUUGUGCACUCAAGUGCAGAGUUUUUUUUUCCUCUCUUCUCUUUGA